UACCGUCGCUUGUUCAUCUGUGGCAACCAGGGCCAGACGUCUGUCAGGUCGGGAGGACAAGGGCAAGCGUGAGAGAGUGAGAAAGAAGAAGCUCGGAGAAGAAGAAGAAGUCAGGGAACUUUUCAGCAUUUGUUAAUCCAGCUGUCCGUCGUGAAGUUUCGGGGGAACAGAAAUUAACGGCACAAUGAUGAUGACCCAGGUGGAGACAACGGUGCGCUAUGAUAAUGGCUACGAGGAGGAGUACAUGUUACAGGAGGAAGAGUGGGACAGGGACAUGCUACUGGACCCUGCCUGGGAACAACAGCAAAGGAAAACCUUCACAGCCUGGUGUAACUCCCACCUGAGGAAAGCUGGUACUCAAAUCGAGAAUAUUGAGGAGGACUUCAGGAAUGGACUGAAGCUCAUGCUGCUUCUGGAAGUUAUCUCAGGAGAGAGGUUACCCAAGCCAGACAGAGGGAAGAUGCGGUUUCAUAAGAUUGCUAAUGUCAACAAAGCGUUGGACUUCAUCACAAGCAAAGGAGUGAAACUGGUCUCCAUUGGAGCUGAAGAGAUUGUGGACGGGAACGUAAAGAUGACUCUUGGAAUGAUCUGGACUAUCAUCCUCCGCUUCGCCAUUCAGGACAUUUCUGUGGAAGAAACAUCUGCCAAGGAGGGUCUCCUCCUGUGGUGUCAGAGAAAGACUGCCCCCUACAGGAAUGUCAAUGUCCAAAACUUCCACGUCAGCUGGAAGGAUGGCCUGGCCUUCUGCGCCCUGAUUCAUAGACACAGACCCGACCUCCUCGACUACUCUAAGCUCAACAAGGAUGAUCCUCUGGGGAACCUGAACCUGGCUUUUGACAUAGCUGAGAAACACCUGGACAUUCCCAAAAUGCUGGACGCAGAAGAUAUCAUCAACACCCCCAAGCCCGAUGAAAGAGCUAUCAUGACCUACGUGUCCUGCUUUUACCAUGCUUUUGCUGGAGCUGAGCAGGCAGAGACGGCUGCCAACAGGAUCUGCAAGGUCCUCGGGGUAAACCAGGAGAAUGAGAAAAUGAUGGAGGAGUAUGAGAGACUGGCUAGUGAGCUGCUGGAGUGGAUCCGCCGCACCACUCCCUGGCUGGAGAACCGGACCCCAGAGAAGACCAUGGCAGAGAUGCAGCGGAAGCUGGAGGACUUCAGGGACUACAGACGCCAGCACAAGCCCCCUAAGGUGCAGGAGAAGUGCCAGCUGGAAAUUAACUUCAACACCCUGCAGACCAAGUUGCGCAUCAGCAACCGCCCUGCCUUCAUGCCCUCUGAGGGGAAGAUGGUAUCUGACAUAGCCAGUGCAUGGCAGGGCCUGGAGCAGGCAGAGAAAGGCUUCGAGGAGUGGCUCCUUACAGAGAUCCGUCGGCUGGAGAGGCUGGACCACCUGGCUGAAAAGUUUCGCCAGAAAGCCACCAGUCAUGAGAACUGGGCCAGCGGUAAAGAACUGAUCCUCUCCCAGAAGGACUAUGAAACAGCCACCCUGACAGAAAUCAGAGCAUUGCUUCGAAAACAUGAGGCCUUUGAGAGUGACUUGGCAGCCCACCAGGACAGAGUGGAGCAGAUUGCCGCCAUUGCACAGGAACUUAAUGAGCUGGAUUACCACGAUGUAGCUGCUGUGAACCAACGCUGCCAGAGCAUCUGUGACUUGUGGGACAAGCUGGGAACCCUGACUCAGAAGAGGAGAGAGGCACUGGAGCGGACAGAUAAGCUGCUGGAGACUAUUGAUCAGCUGUUCUUGGAGUUUGCCAAGAGGUCUGCUCCUUUCAACAACUGGAUGGAAGGAGCCAUGGAGGAUCUGCAGGACAUGUUCAUAGUGCAUACUACUGAAGAGGUCCAGAGUCUAAUCGCUGCUCAUGAGCAGUUCAAAGCUACUCUACCCGAGGCGGAUGCAGAGAGACAGGCCAUCUUGGGAAUCCACAGUGAGGUGCAGAAAAUUUCCCAGAGCUAUGGGAUCAAGGCCAACCUUAUCAACCCCUACAGCACCAUCACAAUCGAGGAGCUUCUCAACAAGUGGGAAAAGGUGAAGAAGCUGGUUCCUCAGAGAGAUGGCGCCCUCCAGGAGGAGAUGGCACGCCAGCAUGCCCAUGAAAGGCUGAGACGACAGUUUGCUGCCCAGGCUAAUCUCAUUGGACCCUGGAUACAGGCCAGGAUGGAGGAAAUUGGGCGCUGCUCCCUGGAGGUAGGAGGCACCCUGGAGGACCAGAUGACCCAGCUGAAGCAAUUUGAGCACGUCAUUGUUGCUUACAAGCCCAACAUCGACAAGUUGGAGGGAGACCACCAGCUGAUCCAGGAGUCACUGGUGUUUGAUAACAAACACACCAACUACACUAUGGAGCAUAUCCGUGUCGGGUGGGAGCUGCUCCUCACAACCAUCGCCCGAACCAUCAACGAGAUUGAGACCCAGAUCUUGACCCGGGAUGCCAAAGGCAUCAGCCAGCAGCAGAUGAAUGAGUUCAGAUCCUCUUUCAACCACUUUGACAGGAAGAAGAACGGAGCAAUGGACACUGAUGACUUCAGAGCCUGCCUCAUCUCUAUGGGUUAUGACUUGGGAGAGGUGGAAUUUGCCCGUAUAAUGAUGCUGGUGGACCCCAAUGCGACUGGAAUCGUCUCUUUCCAGUCUUUCAUUGACUUUAUGACCAGAGAGACAGCUGACACAGACACUGCCGAGCAGGUUGUGGCAUCCUUCCGGAUCCUGGCAACUGACAAGCCCUACAUACUAGUGGAGGAGCUGAGGAGAGAACUCCCCCCUGAACAAGCAGAGUAUUGCAUCAUGAGGAUGCCGCCUUACAGUGGCCAUGGAGCACCACCAGGAGCACUGGACUACACUGCCUUCUCCACUGCCCUCUAUGGAGAGAGCGACCUUUAACUGACGAGAAAACCUUUUAUUUACUGACCGUUUACCUAACCCCCCCAUAUUUAGAUGAAUUUAAGAAAUCUACAAGAAAGUUGGAUCAAAUAUGUUGAAUGAAAUGUGUUUGUGACCAGGUUUUUGUUGAUUAGUUUUGUGAAGCAUUAGACGGUCUACAAUCAUGCUGGGCAUCAUCACGUGUCUUGGUCCUUUUGUGUCCUCUUGGUUAAAAGAUGCCCCCUAAACAGAAAAUGCCGUGCUCAAAUGAUAUUGAAACAAUGCAUUGCACAUUUUAUCUUGUGUGUUUUGGUAUUUGUGCAGAAAGAGGGGUUCUGUGAAAAAUACUCCCGUGAAAAAUACAGAUCACUUAAUACGACAACAGGAUCAUGGUGUUUCCUUAGUUUAUCAGUUGAAAAAAUUAGACAUGAGAGUCCUGUUUCGUCUAGCAAUGCCAUGUAUUGUUUUCAUAUUUCCUCGCAGUGCCUUUGUUUUGGGAGUCUUCCGAUAAAGCAUUCUGAGAUGUUUAAAAUGAAUUGCGGUCGGCAAAAGCAAUUUUAGACCUGCUGCCAUUCAAUAAUAAACAGUGUAGAAAAUGGGUUUCCAAAAGGCCAAAAAUAUACAAUAUCAACAAAGGACAAGUGGAGAAACCACAUGAAUGCAAAAGUAAAUGUUUACAAUCAUUCAGCAGUAAAAAGGCAGAGAACAUGGAAGAGUGAAUGUGCAGUAUUCACAAGUAAUACUUUUCAAGAUAAAACAUUUUCUUAGGCAGCAACAUACAGUACAUGCUAGUGUUUACGUGUGCCUAGAAGUAAGCACAAUAAGCCAAAAUAAAUAUGCUAAGAAGAAAAUAAAGAUUAAAUAAAGCACAAUAUGUCAAGUCCUCAUUGAUCCCACGUAGGAAAAAUAUGACCAGAAUGAAAUAUAGAUGUCCAUGGUGGUAGUAUACAUCAAAAACCUCUCCUGUCUGCAUUUGUGCUUUAUGAUACAUGUUUUGUCCAGAAUCUUUUUAUAGAUACUUUUCUGUUUUGUCUUUUGGCCAUCAAAGUCAUCAUGUGGGCAUUCUUCUGUCUUUUCCCAAUUAUUGUCUCAGAUGUGUAUGCACUCUUUUGCUUGCACCUGCCAGAGGUGGUUUUGGCUUAAAAGGCAUCACUUAUGAAACGCCAUAAAUAGCCAUCUUUGUGUAACACAUGUUUAAUGUGUGCUCACUAAAUAUGUUUACUUUUGUGGUCAAGUUUGUUUCCAUUUGUCCUUUCUUGGUUCUGUAUAUUUUUGGCCGUUUUGUAUAUUCAUGUUUUAUCCCAGUAUUGACAAAGAAUUUCCACACUGUCACAAAUGGAUUGUUUAAAUAUACAGCAGUCAUAAUGAUUUAGCCAAAAUGUGCUGGUUCCCUACGUGCUCAUAACACAUGAUGCUAACACACAUUAUUUUCUGCUAAAACAAUCUUUAUGCAAUGCUCUUAAUGAAAUAGAAUGAUAAAUCAAAUGGUUUGUGUUCUUGAUUUCACACAAGCAAUUUAUGAAACAUGCCAGAGUGCUUGAAUACGAUCGAAUUUAUAAUGGAAUUUUCUGUGAAGAGGAUCGUGGGCCACUUCACACAAACUGAACACAAGGCACUGCAGCACAUUAUUAACUUAAUACUCCUAUUUAGAUGCAAGCUAUCCCCAGUAAAAGAAAAGUUGCUUUGGAUACCACUGAUCUCUAUAGAUCCAAGAGGUGCUGUCUUGUGGUGAAAGCUUUGAUUUGUUGUAUUGUGGUAAGAAAAAAUAAAGAUACUCAGGCAGUACAGUACAUUUGCUGGCUCUGUUAUCAAAGAAUUCAGUGAGUUAAACUUUGUAUUUGAUAUUUGAGGGCAAUGGGUUAAUUAAAUUGUUUGUGACUAAUUCAAACAUGUAU